AUGGAUUUGGAUCUUAACAAUGAUAUGGAGAAGCGCAUCUCGGAUGCCUUUUGCGUUUUCGAUCAUCAUGGAGAUAAAUUUAUUGAUGUCCGAGAAGUGGGAACCGUAUUGAGACUCUUGGGUUGUGUGCCCACUGAGCAGGAAGUGAAUGAGGUCAUCUCGGCCACAGAAUCAGAGGAAACCAGUGGUGAAGUUCAUCUCACAAAAUUUUUGCCACAUGUCACGCAAUUGCUAAUGGAACGAAAAAUGGAACCUGCACCGCCAGAGAAAAUUCUACAGGCUUUCAAAAUCCUUGAUCCUGAAAAUAAAGGUUACUUGACAAAAGAGACUUUUGGCAAAUUGAUGAUGGAAGAGGGUGAACCAUUCACUCAGGAGGAAAUGGAUGAAAUGUGGCCAGUUGCCAUAGAUCCCAUUAGUGGACAUUUGCCUUAUGAACUAUAUUUAAAUCAAUUGAUGGUAAUUGUCGUUUAUCUUUAA